CGGAAGCUCACCAAAACAAGAUAGAGAAGAAAAAGCUUCCAAGUUCCAUCUAGUGUGAAAGCUUCCAACAUGGCGAUGAAAGCCCUCGCACCGGUCCUGCUGGUCCUUGCCUUUGCUGUAGUGACCGCCCACGGCUGCAGCAAAACCGAUCUGUGCGCCAACAACGAAUGCUGCAGCCAGUGGGGGUUCUGCGGCACCGGUGGCUCCUACUGUGGGACUGGGUGCCAGAGCGGCCCGUGCUACCGUACCAUUCUUCGCGCCGUGCUUGGCGACCCUACAUGCGGCAGAGAGGCCGGUGGCCGCCAGUGCCCUGGCGGCGACUGCUGCAGCCAGUACGGGUACUGCGGCACUGGCGGCGCCUACUGUGGGUUUAGGUGCCAGAGCGGCCCCUGCUACGGAGCCAAGUUCCCCGCUCAGGUGGCAGGCGCGGUCACUGAGGCCCUCAUCGAUCAGGUGGUGCCGGCGGUAUAGACGCCAUCUACUGCUCCGUGCCCGCCUCCAAUAAAAUAAUGCCUCUAAUAAAAUAAGAAAUCUACUUUGCACGCAAUUUCAUCGUCUAUGGCGACAGGAGGGUGAGGAGCACGGGGGCCAGUAGUGUAUAUAUAUAUGCAUGCAUGCAUGCCUGUGCAUGGAUGUGUGGAAGCUCCUUUGCAUGUACCUAUAUAUAUAUAUAUAUGCGCUAUAUGUGCAUCUAUAAAUAAAGAUGGACCGCAUAAAGUCCUUUGUGUGUCGUCAAACCUCCCAGAGCACUAAGCUAGUCACGGUAGCUCGCUCUGUGUGUGCCUCUCCGAGACAUACAUGUAUGAUCCUUAUGUCGUUUCUUCAGAUUCAGCUCAAGGUAAUUUCAUCACUAUGUUAAGUAAAUGGCAAUUAGCCGGCCAGGCUCGGCAAAUUGCCACGCUUCUACUUA